GCUCGAGUGAGCCUUCCAUUUCUUCCUGAUCUCCAUGCGGAGGUUGAGAGGGAAUGGAAAAAGCCGUUUUCCUCUUGCAUUCAUAGGUUUCAGCAUACCAGUUAUGCUGACAUUGAGGGGAUACGUGAAAACGGCUAUGAGGGGAUGCCCCUUGUGGAAGAGACGCUGGCCAGCUAUCUCUCUGUGGGCGAGACAUCCUCUCUCAAGACUCCCUCCUUGCCAUCUAAGCCCCUUCAGGAAACAUCUCGCUUAAAUGGCAGGGCAUACGCAGCAGCAGGUCAGGCUGUCGCUUUGUUGCACACGAUGGCGGUGCUUCAGGCUUACCAGGCUGAUCUGCUGAAGGACCUGGAUAAGGGUCAGGGCUUGUCACCUGAUGAAGUAGCUGAGCUGCGCCGCACCACGGAUUUGGCUCUCCGUGCCACUAAGCAGGCCGCCACCGAUAUGGGCAGGUCUAUGGCGGCCAUGGUGGUAAAGGAAAGACUUUACCCACAGAACCCACAGAACAGAGACGCAUUCUUCAAAACGCUGUCCAACAUGGGUAUCCUGCCAGCGCUGGAAGUUAUUCUUGGCAUGGAUGAUGUUCAGGUGCGUGGAGCAGCCACUGAUAUCUUCUCUUACCUGGUGGAAUACAACCCCUCCAUGGUGCGAGAGUUUGUUAUGCAGGAGUCUCAGCAGAAUGACGAUGAUAUUCUGUUGAUAAAUCUGAUCAUUGAGCAUAUGAUCUGUGACACGGAUCCAGAGUUGGGUGGAGCUGUACAGCUAAUGGGGUUGCUCAGGACACUAGUGGACCCAGAAAACAUGCUGGCAACUGCUAAUAAAACCGAGAAGACCGAGUUCUUGAGUUUCUUCUAUAAGCAUUGCAUGCAUGUGCUCUCUGCUCCACUUCUUGCCAACACCACAGAAGAAAAACCCAGCAAAGAUGAUUUCCAGACGUGUCAGCUGCUGGCUCUGAUCGUAGAGCUGCUCACUUUCUGCGUGGAGCAUCACACGUAUCACAUAAAGAACUACAUCAUCAACAAAGACAUCCUCCGCAGAGUGCUGGUGCUCACUGCAUCUCAACACGCUUUCUUAGCCUUAUGUGCUUUGCGUUUCAUGAGGAAAAUCAUUGGGCUGAAGGACGAGUUUUAUAACAGAUAUAUAAUGAGGAACUUCCUGUUUGAGCCAGUGGUCAAAGCUUUCCUCAACAAUGGAUCCAGAUACAACCUCAUCAACUCAGCCAUUAUAGAGAUGUUUGAGUAUGUCAGAGUGGAGGAUGUGAAGUCCCUGACGGCUCAUAUCAUAGAGAACUACUGGAAGGCCCUGGAGGACGUAGACUAUGUUCAGACGUUUAAGGGACUGAAGCUUCGAUAUGAACAGCAGAGAGAAAGACAGGACAACCCUAAACUUGACAGUAUGCGGUCGAUUCUGAGAAAUCACCGUUUUCACCGGGAUGCGCGGACGCUGGAAGAUGAAGAGGAGAUGUGGUUUAACACAGAUGAGGAAGACUUGGAGGAUGGUGAAGCUGUGGUGCCGCCCUCAGAUAAGAUGAAGAGUGACGAGGACCUGAUGGAUCCUAUCAGCAAGUUUAUGGAGAGGAAGAAAUUGAAAGACUCGGAAGAGAAGGAGGUGCUGACAGGGAAGGCGAGCCUCUCAGGACGGCAGAGCCCCAGUUUUAAACUCUCCUUCUCCAGCUCCCCAAAGCCCAGUCUGUCCUCUCCCCCAACCGCAUCCCUCCACCCCGGUUCACCUGGUUCUCCAAGUUCUCCCGGGACAGGAGCCCGGAGCUCCCCCCCUACGGCAGCUGUCACCACUAAGGGAGGUCUGGUGGGGUUGGUGGACUACCCCGACGAUGACGAAGAGGACGAGGAUGAGGAAGACGCAGACAGUAAAGAAGAAAGUCCUCCACUGUCCAAGAAGUCCAAGCUGAGCUCCUAAAGCACUCCCUC